GAAGCUCUCAGGACAGCAAAACUCUCCGUUUUUUUUGGCAUUACUCGUACCUGCUAGCACGAAAUUGGCAGUGUACAAUGUCGAACUUCUCCAACCCCUUCAAGAAGCAACCAACAGCGAAAGAAGCGGCCAAGGGCGUAAAAAAAGAGGUUCGCAGCAGCCAGCGCGAGCUGGACCGAGAACUGCGAGACAUUGAUCGACGCGAGGCGCAGCUAAUAGCUGACAUCAAGAAGCAAGCAAGGGAUGGGCGCGAGACCAGUGUGCGAGUCCUCGCGAGGAACUUGGUCCAGUUACGUAGCUCGCGGGAGCGGCUCCUGAAGGCGCGCGGCACAGUGGGAAGCAUGUCUGCACAAGCCAGUGCGAUGGCGGCGUCGAUAACCGUGGCCGACUCGCUCCAAAAGACCAGCAAGGUCAUGAAUAAAAUGAAUGCGUCGGUGCAGAAGUCGGCGAUGUCCGUGGCCGCCUUCCAGAAGGAAGCCGAGCGCAUGAAUAUGACGGAGGAAGCCAUGGGCGACAUGCUCUCGGAGGCGUUCGACGACGACGAGGAUGAGGCUGACGCCGUCGUCGACCAGGUCUUGGCCGAGGUCGGCCUGAACACGACGAAGGACCUCCACGAUGCGCCGACGGCGGCGCUGCCCGAGCCCGAAGCCGCUGAGGCCGACGACACGGACCAGUUGCUGAGACAAUUGAACGCGCUGUAGGAGAUGAGAGUAAAAAUUGUUGUUGUACCGGU